AUGGGCCGGGCGCCAGGCUGCUGGGUGUCAGGGCACCCGAGGGUGCCGGAGGUGGGGCGAGGCGUGGCGCGGCGCCGCAUGCUCCCCCGGCCCUGCAUGGCAACCGGCAAUGGAGCUCUAGGUCCCUUGGGGAGCGGACCCACGGCCGGUUUGAGAGGCAGCGGGUGGCAGAGGAGGGAGGGCAAACUGGCAGCCCCUGGCAACCUGGGGCUGACGGCAGGAGGCUGGGCGCACCGCGGAUUUCCCUCCGCCAGCAGGAUGGUGAACCUGGAGUCUGUGCACGCAGCUGUGCCCGAAGGAGAACGUGGCCCCGGGUGUGGUGGCAGUCAUCACUUCAAGGAGAUCAAGAUGAGCGGUGAUGCGGCAGAUUCCACAGAUACUCGGCAUGAACCCGACCAGGUGGAGCCAGGAAAUGAACAGAAUGGGCUGGACUUUAACAGGCAGAUUAAAACCGAAGACCUCAGCGACUCCUUGCAGUCUACAAUCCCCCCUAGGUCAGGUCACCUUGUGCAGGGAUCAUCAAUGAUGCCCGGAAGCCAAAUUGCGGGGGAUAUGAGCUCUCUCCACACCCUGCAGCAGCUUGUAUUGCUUCCUGGCCACAUGCAGUCAGUUCCCCAGUUUCUUCUGUCUCAGUCCCAGGCUGGACAACAAGCUUUGCAGCCAAACCUCCUCUCCUUCCCUCAGCAACAGGGCAGCCUUCUCCUCUCCCAGCCGGGACCCAGCCUGGCAUCACAGGCUGUGGGCCGUUCCGGACUCCCUGGCUCAUCGGUUGAACCCCACCUGGAUGUACCCCAGCAUUUGCAAGUGGCAAAGCACCUAACUCCAUCAGGAGCAUCUGAGGAACCCAGUGACCUGGAAGAGCUGGAAAAGUUUGCUAAGACUUUCAAACAAAGGCGAAUCAAACUGGGGUUCACACAGGGUGACGUUGGACUUGCCAUGGGGAAGCUCUAUGGCAAUGAUUUCAGCCAGACCACCAUUUCCCGCUUUGAGGCUCUCAACCUGAGUUUUAAGAAUAUGUGCAAGCUCAAACCCCUGCUGGAGAAGUGGCUGAGUGACGCAGAAUCUGCUCCUUUGGAUUCUUCCAUGAGCACUCCCAAUUCCUACCCCUCAGUGAACGAGAUGUUUGGACGGAAAAGGAAGAAGCGAACCAGCAUUGAGACCAACAUCCGCUCCACGCUGGAGAAAAGAUUUCAAGAUAACCCCAAGCCCAGUUCAGAGGAGAUAUCCUUGAUAGCAGAGCAGCUCUCCAUGGAAAAGGAGGUGGUUCGGGUCUGGUUCUGCAACCGGCGCCAGAAGGAAAAACGGAUCAGCUGCCCGAUGCCAUCCCCCAUCAAAUCACCCAUCUACAACUCCAGACUGGUCUCUACCUCAGGGUCCUUGGGGCCCCUCUCCGUCAAUCCAGUGCAUAGCACCAUGCCUGGGACAGUAACAUCAUCGUGUUCCCCAGGGAAUUCCAGCAGGCCCUCCUCCCCUGGCAGUGCACUCCAUGCCAGCAGCCCCGGCACAGCCCAGAGCAACUCCAAAGCUGCAAUGAACUCAUCCGGUUUCAACUCUUCAGGAUCUUGGUACCGAUGGAAUCAACCUACCUACCUCCACUGA